AUGAUGCUGGGCGGCAUGGACGGCAAGGAGUACGGGGCGCUGCACGCCGCAGCCGCCGCCGCGGGAUACGCUAUGGAUACAGACCCGAGUGCGGCGGGUAUGGGCAACCCUGGCAUGGCAGGCACAGGCACCCAGCAGUACGGAGAGGUGAACCAGCUCGGAGGAGUCUUCGUCAAUGGAAGACCACUACCCAACGCGGUACGACUGAGGAUAGUCGAACUGGCACAACUUGGAAUCAGGCCUUGCGACAUCAGCCGGCAGCUGCGAGUGUCACACGGCUGCGUCUCCAAGAUCCUGGCCCGCUACCACGAGACCGGCUCCAUCCUGCCAGGAGCCAUCGGCGGCUCCAAGCCCAGGGUCACCACACCUAAGGUGGUAUCAUACAUAAAGCAACUCAAAGCGAAGGACCCUGGCAUCUUCGCGUGGGAGAUCAGGGACCGGCUGCUGGCGGACGGCGUGUGCGACAAGUACAACGUGCCGUCGGUGUCCAGCAUCAGCCGCAUCCUGCGCAACAAGCUCGGCGGCGGCGCGCUGUACCCCGUGCCGCCGCUCUACCCUGUGCCGCCGCAGCGCUGCUGGCCGCUGCACCAGCCCUACGACUACUACGUCUACUUACAGGGUCGUCAGCACACAGCAGGCAACCCCCACGCACUGCCUCACCCCCAUCAGCAGCCACCUCCGCCCCACCAUGCGCACGCGCAUGCCCUCUGA